AUGGGUUCCUUAUCAGGCUUCACGGAGAUCCCGGAUCUCACGCCCCUCGAGCGUAUCGGACCCAAGGGCUACCUUCGAUAUGUCUUCCCUUUCCAGCUUCCCGAAGACUAUAACCAUGAGCAAGCCGCAUCUAUCCUCCGCGCAGGGUAUGAAGCUGCGCAACAGCGUAUCGCUGUUUUGGGAUGUGAAGCUGUCCCGAACCCAGACGCCAAGCAAGCUGGUAUCUUGAAGCUUCAGAGACUGCGUCAUGGAGACAUCGAAGGCAUCACCGUCAAGGAUCUUCGAGCUCCCGGCGCUUUCCCCAUGACGUACAAGGAACUCAAGUCCAAGAACUUCCCAGUGGCUUCCUUUGACGCCAACACAAUCUGCCGGCGCUCGGUAUGGGCAACUCCGGAUGAAAGGCUGCCCGUGUCCCUUCCUCAAGCCAAUUUCAUUCAGGGAGGCCUGAUUCUAUCCUGGUGUAUCUUUCACAUGUUCGGAGACGGGAAGACGUUCCUGAUCUGGACCAAGAUCUGGGCAGAGGAGUGCCGCAGGGCCCAAGGCCUUCAAAUCACAGAUCCUUUCAAGCUCGAUGAAGCUUUCCUCAGAGACCGGCAACGCAUCAUGAGCCCGACCGGCAAGAACCCGGGCCGCGCGGAAGACCACCCCGAGUACACCAUCAUCCCCUUCACGCCAGAGAGCAUGCCACCAAAGAUCCUCUCCGAAGACCACCGCGGCCAAAUCUUUUACUUCUCGCCCGGUGCCCUUGCCAGACUCAAGGCCGAAGCUUCCCCAGAAAACGCUACGGAACCCACGAAACAGAGAUGGGUCUCCACCAACGACGCGCUCUCGGCACUGCUCUGGCGUACCGUCAUGGCGGUGCAGUCGCCUCUCGAGACCCUUGAGGGAGACCCGGUCUCAGUCUUCAAUAUCGCCGUCGACGCCCGCCUGCGUACUGACCCACCGGUACACCCGGAAACCAUGGGCUGCUUCCUGGGUUACGUGGCGGCCUCGGUGCCCAUUCGCAAGAUGCUCGGUUCGGCAUCCCUGGCUGACCUGGCAAUCCUCGUCAGGCAGGCGUUGAUCCGCGCGGAUAACCAGUUUGUCGAUGACGUGGCUACGCUCAUUGACACUGUGGAGGAUGUGAACCGCAUUAUCCCCACCGCUCUCUUGGAUGUGCCUGGGAACAAUUGCAUUCAGACAUCGUGGGUCAACUUCUCGCUUUACGAUGUGCAGUGGGGGCAGGUUCUCGGCGACACGAUCCAGGCUGUCCGCGCGCCGCAUGUUGGUGUGAUCAACGGUUUGCAGGUCGUUAUGCCUAUUCUGCCGGACGGUGGAAUGGAGAUCCUGGUGGGAGUUGAGAAGGACUGCUUGGAUAGGUUGUUGCAUGAACCCCUCUGGAUGAAGUAUGCAGAGACGAGGUGA